AUGGCCGUGUACGAUUGGCUCGAUCGUCUCGUUCUCGAUAAGAAACGGUUUCUGACGACGUUCCUGGCGUAUUCGUUUUGCGUGUGCGUGCUCGGCGUGUACAUUGGCGACUGGAACUCGGCGACGAUGCCGGGGAGAGAACAAGGGCAGUGGUGCGCGAUGCAAGCGAAGGAAUGUAAGAGGCAAGCGGACGUGUGUUUGGUGUCGGGCGGGGCGAGAGCGGGCGCGAGCCAGCCGAUGGUUGGAUUGGAUAAGGAGAGGGCGUUUAUGGACGGCGGGGAUAUCGGUGGGACAGAUUUUGAUGGGGCGGGUGUGCCGCAGCACAUUCAGCAAAUGCACUCGGAAUGGACGCAAUCGAGAGAUAAUCGCGCGGCGACGGUGGCGAGAUUGAAGGAGUUGCGGGUGAAUUUGUUGUGUCACGAACUUAGAGUGCAACAGCAAAGGAAGAAAGGAGCUUUGGAUUACGAUAGAAUUAACUCGUUCAUGGGUAAGGCUGGGAAGGCGAGAGAGGAGUACGAGAAAUUAGAAGCGGUAGUGAAAGUUGUGUAUCCAGAGGUUAUACCGGAGGUUGAAGAGCUCGAUCAAAUGAAAAAUCCCGAUUGCAAACACGUUCACGGAGGACGAGUGUGA